ACAGCGCCCCCUGCUGGUGUGGAUCCGCUCAGUGCUUCAUGGCGCCCGGAGACUCUGAAGUUUUCACAGCUGAACUCAGCAGCUCGGAUUAAGAGUUCGCUUCUACAGUCAUGACUGGAAAGCAGGCUGUGAAGGUUGUGUUACUGGCUAUUGUCGUUGGUGUCUAUCUUAUUCCUUCACCCAUUGAACCUGAGCCAUACAUAUUUGAGGGGCCACCGCCAGCCCUGGAGGGUCCUCUGGCGGUCAACACGAGGCUACAAAGAGGACGUAGGCUGUUUGCUGGACAGCUGAAAGGCCCAGAGUCUUUCACUGCAGACAAGAAUGGUAACGUGUACACAGGCACAGUUGAUGGGAAGCUUUGGAGGAUCACCAACGAUACCCUCACUUUCAUCACUCAGAUGGGCCAGAAUCUUUCAGAAUGUGGCACAAGCAUGGACUAUGAGCCUGUGUGUGGACGCCCACAUGGGCUGCGCCUGGACCCCCAUGGACAGCUUAUAGUGGCCGACUCAUACCUUGGCUUGUUUAAGGUGGACCCCUUGACUGGAGAGAAGACCCUGCUACAUUCAAGCAAAGAAGGUGCUGAUGGGAUCCCUUUUGGCUUUCUGAAUGGGCUGGAGAUUUCUAAAAAUGGAACAGUGUUCUUCACUGACUCCAGCAGCAGAUGGGGCAGACGGCAUGUUCGUUACGAGGUGCUAGAAACCAACCACCUGGGUCGUCUUCUCUCUUAUGACACUGAGUCAGGCCGUGUUCAGACCCUGCUGGACUCUCUUUAUAUGCCCAAUGGCUUUGCGUUCUCUGCUGAUGAGGACUUUUUGCUGCUGGCUGAGACCAGCAUAGGCUGCAUCAGCAGAUUCUGGUUGAAGGGACCUAAAGCUGGCACAAAGGAGACUGUCCUGAGCAACAUGAUUGGUUAUCCAGACAACAUCCGGGUCAGUGACCGUGGCACUUUCCUGGUGGGUAUCAACACUGUCCGCUUCCGUGGCCGACUGUUCCCACCUUUCUUGGACCUGCUUGGACCCUAUCCUGCACUCAAGCGCUUUGUGGUCAAGAUCAUUCCUCUGCGCUGGUAUGAUGCUCUGCUGCCCUCCUAUGGUCUGCUGCUGGAGUUGGGGUCUAACGGUGAUCUGCUGGACAGCCUGCAUGACCCAACAGGCACCUUGACGUGGGCCAUUAGUGAUGUCUUCCAGCAGAAGGAGCUGUACUAUCUGGGCAGCACUGACCUGCCCUUUCUGGCAGUUCUGGAGCAGUGGAGCUGAUGGGACAGCAGAAUCUGAGUAUGGUAUUGUCCGUUGAAUUUACAAAAAAUGGAAAAAAAAUCCUUGACGCUGUUAUAUUACACUACACCAUGCACAAUAUUACAUUUAGGGAGUCAGUGAAGUAUGAAUUUAAAUUACUGACUAGUAUGGAAUGAGGAUUGGUUUAUAUAACAACAUAGAUUGCUCGUUCCACCUAUAAGGCCAUCAGUACACAAGGGUAAGCUCUAGGACCUGGAGGGUGGCGGGACCCGGACACUGCCCAAACAUAGGAGAGAAUCUGGCCUAGAGACGAGUGCCGGUUGGUAUUUUAGCAAUGUGCUGCCGCCUUGUGAGAAACUUCAAUAUUUGUGCCUGGGGUGUUGACUUGGUGGAAGUGGUCUAGGUUUUAUUAUGAUUCACUGUUCUGUAGUCAUUUAUAACACAAUGCUGACUGGAAUAGAAUUUCACAACAUAUGAGAAGGCGUGGCACAUAGCAACUUAUACACUGUGAACAUAUCUGAGCUGCUUAACUAAAAAACUCAUGAAACAUGCUGCUUACUGAAAUUUAACUAAGCCUAGAAAUAUUACAGUCCACUCUCUUAAAUUUAUGACCACUUAACAAAGCUUUUGGGCACAACAGGCCAAAACAGUUAUUUUCUGUUUUUAUACCUUCCCACAUAAUUCUUACCCUUUAUUUGGCACAUUAAAAUACUAUGCAGUGCUAAAAGGGGAAUGCCUGCUUAAAACUAGCAUUUAAUAUUUUAUGUUAUAUUCUGUAUUGCAGCAUUGCACCUCUCAGCCUCAUUGGUUUAACCAAAUUC